GAGGUGAACUCGAGUACAAAACACAUCCCUCUAUCUGAAAUAGUUGGAACAGGAGCUAUUCUGACUCUUAAAAACAACAAUGGCGUCAUACGAGGAGAACGAGAGACAACAAAAACAAAUGGAAGAUGUUGGCAAAAAUCACAUCGUGAUGUACAGCCAAGGCGUCCAGCAGCGGAUUGAUUGUCAGGAAGAACUUCCCUCUCAGCUGCAGGGAGUGAGCUCCAGUUUGGAGCAAGGGAGUCCGCAGCCCACCCACGUUAAAAAAGAAGAUGGAGAUUCACAGCGUCCCCGUGUUAAAGAGGAAGAGGAGGAGGCUGACGUCAGCAAGUUUCCAAUGACUGGGGUUUCUGUGGAGAGUAAAAAACUCGAGUGGUCACAGCUUUAUCAUCACGGCCCAAGUGGAGAUCAAUGUGGAGGACCACGACUAGACAACCUCUUAGCUCCACUGUCGGACAGUGACGACAUGGAAGAACGUUUGAGAAGCAACGUAGACUGUCAGGGUGAUGACAAACAGUUGAACUGCUCUGAAAAGGAGACAACUGGCAACAAGGAACCAACAAAAAUGCAGAAAAAACGUUUUAUCUGCUCAGUUUGUGGUAUAACUUGUGCUAGUAUGAUCAUUCACAUGAGAACGCAUACAGGAGAAAAACCCUUUAGGUGCUCAUUUUGUGGUAAAAGGUUCACUGUUAAGCCAAACAUGGUAACACACAUGAGAACACACACAGGAGAAAAACCUUUUGGUUGCUCGUUUUGCGGUAAAACAUUUACUUAUAAGCAUCAUAUGGUCAAACACAUGAGAACACACACAGGAGAAAAACCCUUUUGUUGUACAUUUUGUGGUAAAACAUUCUCUCGAAAGGAACAUGUGGAAUCACACAUGAGAACACACAGAGAAAAACCUUUCAGUUGUUCAUUGUGUAGUAAAACAUUCUCUGUUAAGCCAUACAUGGACGCACACAUGAGAACACACACGGGAGAAAAACCUUUCGGUUGCUUAGUUUGCAGCAAAACAUUCAAUCACAAGCAAAAUAUGGUCGCACACUUGAAAACACACUCCAAAGAAAAACCCUUUAGUUGCUCAGCUUGUGGUAAACCAUUUUCUCAAAAGCCAUAUAUGGUAUCACACAUGAGAACACACACAGGAGAAAAACCUUUUAGUUGCUCGGUUUGUGGUGGAAGCUAUGCUCGUAGGUCCAGUUUGACUGCACACAUGAGGACACACAACAAGGAAAAAUAAAUGUUUUUCAGUAGUACCCUGCAAUACAGUGGCAUCUGAAGCAGACCAAGUUUUAUUUUUAAUACAAUUUUAUUCCACUGAGUAACUUUAAAUGUUCUGUUUAUCUGCACAGUGCACUACAAAUCAU